CACCUCUAAACACGUGUGAACCAGCGUGUUUUGGUCUACAGAAUUUUUGAAUUGGUUGUUUUCAAGUGAAAUUUUCAGUUGUUAAAGAAAAUUAAUAUGGAAAAUGAGCAGCCAAUGGCUGUGGGAGCUCCUGCUACAAGCUCGGCAGCCCAAACAACAGCAGAAACGCCUACAACUACCGAAAGUGUAGCAGAAGUUUCAGCAACAAAUGUCGACGAAGUAGCAACAGCUACAGGUAAAGUGGAAGCUACGCCCGAAACAGAGACUGGAACUGCAGCAGAGAUAUCCCCUGAAAUGGAGCUAAAGACGAAGGCCAAUGAUUCAACACAUGUUGAAAACGAAGACCAUCAGGAAAAUCCAGAACCAGUCGUAGCUAAUGCAGAGGCACCUGCUGUAGCAAUGGAUUGCGAAGAUGCCACGCCUCAGAUCACGCCGGCUGGUGAAACUAUUGUAGAAGAAGUGCCCAAAAUUGUUCCGUCAGCAGAGACUGAAAUGGACAAAGCAUCAACUGCCCCAGAGACCGUGCCAGUGGUGGUAGUUCCAGAAAAUGGUACAGCCGACACCGUGCCAGAGUCUGCAAAUCCGCCAUGUUCUGGUCUUAGUCUACUGGCAGCCUACAGCUCCGAUGCCGAGUCAGACACUGAACAAGCCACCAGAAUUGAAGACAGCGACAAUGAAGUGGUGGAAGUUCCUGUGACAGGUCCUGCCACUGCAACAGCUUACCGUCGCCCCAUGUUGGCUGUUAGCUCUGGUAGCGAAAACGAGAAAAGCAGCAGCAGCAGUGACUCGGAUUCGGACUCUGAGGGGGAAUACUUGACAGUUUUGCGCAAGAAAAUUGAUAAGAAAAUCAACACCGAAGACUGUGACGAAGAGGAUGAGGAUUUCGAAGAGGAUGGUGCCACAGGGGAGCGUCGCCGUCGGCAGCCACCCAAAGUGCGGGGUGAAAUGCUAUUGGAUGAGCUGCCACCUAUCCAUCAGUUGGAGAUUACCGUACCAGAAGACGAGUGCAUUGAGCUGGGGAAGGUCCAUUCCAUUGUCGAUCAACUGGUGCUGGUCAGUGUGCUGCCCAAUUCGAUGCUAUUCGAUCUGGACACCGUGCUCUUUCUGGAAAAGGGACGCAAGGUGCUGGGCGAGGUGUUCGAUGUGCUGGGACAGGUAUCCGAUCCGCUGUACUGCAUCCGCUUCAAUACCAAUCAGCAGAUCCAAGAUCGUGGCAUCAAAAUCGGUGAUGUUGUCUACUGUGCCCCCAAAACGGAGCACACUCAAUUUGUGAUUCUCUCCAAGCUGAUGCAGGUCCGCGGAUCGGAUGCCUCAUGGGAGCACGACGUAGAGCCACCUGCUCGCUAUAUUGACUACUCUGAUGACGAAGCAGAGCGUGAGGCUAAGCAGGAUCAGCGCAAGAGACGCCAACGAGAUCGCACCAAUUCCACGGAUUCAGUUAGCUCCGUCAGCACUGUGGCAACUGAGGCAUCGGCCGCUGCAGCAGCACCUCCACCGCGACAGCGUGGACGUCGUGGCCAACGUGAUAGCUAUCAGAAUCAGCGUCAGUAUCAAAAUCAGUCCCAUCAGGGCUCCUCCCCCCAGCAGCAGCAUCAGCAACAGCAGCCAAGAGGAGACUCGCAGUACAACUAUCAUCCUAGCUAUAAUCCCGGCAGCUGGCAUUCGAAUUAUUAUCACAAUUAUCAUCAGCCAGCGGCUAACUUUAAUAUGCCGCAACCGGGCAUGUCCUAUCCGAUUCCACCGCCAGCCUAUGGCUAUGGCAUGCCCUAUGGCGUGCCACAAAUGAUGCACAUGGGUCCACCGCCGCCGCAUCAUAUGUACUCUCAACCACCACCGCCAGCAUUUGCACAGCCACAGAACAGGCACCCACCGCCACCAAACGGAAGUUAGAGCUGGACGAUCUCUGCUGUGGAUUCUUCUCUUUUUCACUUUAUUAUUCCAAUAAUAAAAAAUGGUUCUUAAACAA